UAUAUAAAGCUUGGCGUAGUUUCUGGUGGGAUUUAAUUGAAAUCUAGCCAUGGAGCUGCUGAAACUGGUCGCUGCGUUGGGAGUCUUACUAGCUCCGGUGGCUGUUAAGGCCACCUGCAAUCAGUGCAGCGAUGGACACACCUGCGUCAGCAGAACACAGUUCCAAUUCUGCGACAAUCCAUCGGUGGAUCAGACCAUAGUUUACGAAUGCCCCGAGGAUACCCCUGUUUGUGUGGACUAUGGUGCCAUAUGUUUUCCGGAAAGCGAUGGUAUAGUAGCCGGAUGUGGGGAUACCUCCAACUGUGGCGUUUGCUCCAAUGACGAGACAUUUGCCUGCACUUCCCGCACCACCUUUGCCCUGUGCAGUGGGGGCGCAGUUACGGCAAAUAACAUCAACUGCACCGAAGACUAUGUUUGCAGUGUCUCAGGUGCUGCAACUGGUUCUCCAUGCAUUUCGCGAUGCUCUGCCACAGAUGGCGAUAUAUGCGAUGUGGUGCUCACCAACAAUGAGGAUAAUGCCACCACAACCACUGCUGAUCCCAUAUCUACAACUACUUUGGAUCCAUUAUCCACAACUACCACGGAUCCAUCAUCUACAACUACCACGGAUACAACGGAUCCAUCAUCUACAACUACCACGGAUACAACGGAUUCAUCAUCUACAACUACAACGGAUGGAUCAACUAUUACCACUACUACUUCCGAUGCAAAUUCUACCUUGAGUACGGACACUUCAUCGGACUCAACCACUGAACCAGCCACCACCACCACCGUAACCACCACCAUCACUCCACCGGACUUCAAUGAGCAAACCUAUUGCCAAGGAAUCAGUGCAGUGGGUCGUUAUCCUAUUCCCAAUGACACAGUUUGUACAAGCUAUGUGUACUGUGUCUAUAGAGGCGGAAGUUGGUCUGGAUUGGUGUACCAGUGUCCUGCCACGAAGCCUUAUUUCAACGCAAAUGACUUUAACUGUGGAACUGUGCAGCCAACUUCAGCGGGAUGCCUUCUUUAGAAAUUAUUUAACAUAUUUUUGUAAAUAAAUAUUAUAGAAAAAAUUAAAUAAACAAAAUAUUUAAAUGAAAAA